UAAGAACUCGGGUCGUCCCAGUCUGGCAGACACCUCUCCCAUUCUGUGGCGCACGAGAUUUACCGUAAUACCAGCUCACACACGCUCCUGUUACCUCUCGUGUUUGUUGAUGUUGUGACCGCUUCAGUGGAUUUGAGUCAGGGAUUCGUGACUCUCUGACAGGACACAGAAAACCUUUCUGAAAAGACAAUGCGGGAAGACGACUCCUCCCCAAUGGAUAGCGCUGGUAACAGUGAGGAGGAGACCGACCGACAGCUGCCGCGGAGAGGCGCGAGGAAGAGGCGGACGGCGCGGAGGAGCACGGACGAAGAGGAGGAAGCGGACGUGGAGAGCCCCGGUCCGGUGAAAAAGAAAUGCAGGAAGAGCGGAGACGGAGGAGGAGGCAGCACCGGGAGCGGCGGCAGCGAGGCCAGCAGUAGCCCAGCGCGCUCAUUUGACGACCUGCAGACGCAGCGCGUGAUGGCCAACAUCCGCGAGCGCCAAAGGACGCAGUCCCUCAACGAGGCAUUCACGUCGUUACGUAAGAUCAUUCCCACCCUGCCGUCGGACAAACUCAGCAAGAUCCAGACCCUGAAGCUGGCAGCGCGGUACAUCGACUUCCUUUGCCAAGUUCUACAAAGCGACGAGCUGGACGCGCGAGGGACCAGCUGCAACUACGUGGCGCACGAGCGCCUGAGCUAUGCGUUCUCAGUCUGGAGGAUGGGGGGCGCGUGGUCCUUGUCGACUACGUCCCACUAGAAGGGCUGCUCUUGGUGGCACAGUACGAUUACUCAGACUGAGGAACCAGUGGAUCAGACAGACUAAAAUAGGCCAAACACACCUGGGCCCCAGUCUCGGCUGCUGUGCUUCAGGCCUCAGAGGAAAGCAGCUUUUUUCAUAUUUCCCUUUGCACGGACUGAAAUGUUUGCAAGGGAGCACUUAGGACAGACAGGACGGAUAUGAAGAAAGAAAGACCACUGCGACUAUGAAUGUUGUAAAGAAAAAAACUGACAAACGGCUCUGUUUUGAAACACGAGAGAAAGAUGACAGACCACUCCACAUUCCCUGUGACACCGCAUCACAGAAAAUGAAGUAUUUUGUAUUUAUUUUUCUACACAGGUCGGAAACUUCUUCCUCCCCCUAUUUCAAAUAAAGGUUAUUUAUUUUUGCAGUAUCACAGAAUUCCAAAUGGAUCUAGAGUCUUUGCAUUUUGAGUGUUGUAAAUAUUUGGUAAUAUCUUAAAUAAAAUUAUGAAAGUAUCGUACAUUCUUCUGGUCUGGAUAUUCCUUGAAGGUCUAACUAGGGGCUGCGUCAAAGAAAUUUCAUGCCCAUCAGCUGAAUUUAGAAGCCUCUAUUUUUACACAGAAGAAUAAAUGUCACUUUUUUAAAGAAAUGUUUUUUAUUUAUUUAUUUUUUUGUUAGGGGAAACAUAUUCAAUUUUCAUGGUCUUUGUACUUUGAGUCUUUGUAGAGAGCUUAUUUUCUUGCUUGAUGUUGAAUCCCCAUGUAACCAAACUACAGUGGAGCGGGGCAAAAGAAAACAUCUCAUUUCAGUGGCUUAUUUCGUAGUGAUUUCUUGAGCUUGGGGAUCUGGGAAAGCCAUAAUUAGCCAAUGGUCUGUUUCAACAAGGUGAAUCUGGAGCUGUGGGGGGCAUGCAUGAUAUUCCCAGAUGUCCACUGAGCUGCAGGUCAGCAUGGGAGUCUCCUGCAGGUGCUGCAGCAGUUAUACCCAGAGAGGCUUGACAGAUUGAUGGGGUGGAGAGAAGUGAAAAUGCAAACAGAAUAGGCUGGAUGGAAUUUACAAAUACCAACGAGUUAUAGUCCACAUAAAACACAUUGGAUUAUCAGAGUAUUUCUUCUUAACAACAAAACAGCUGAUAAAAUUGGCCCAAACUGUAAACGGGAUUAACUAAUAAAACUCCAUGUAGCUGUUAAAUAAUAAAAGCCAAAAAACAAACAAACAAAUUGCAAAUUAUGUGAAAAGGAAUGAUCGUGGGUUUUUUAAAUUAUUUUUAUUAUAUUUUUUGGAUGGUUUACCACAAGUUUGGACAGAAAUAAUCUUUCCACCUAAAUGCUGAAUGUGAUAUGUCCAAAUACCAAAUCAGCAUCUGGGCUGUUACACACCAUUAAAGUCAAGAAGGGAAGGACUAGAUUAUAUUAAGACAAGAAGACUACAUGGGAAGUAUCUCAUUGGCUGAUGCUAUAUCUACCAAAUAUAAGUCCUGACUGAAUGCUUCAAGGCUACAAUUUCCCAUAAAAUAAAGUAGGAUUAGGCUAUUUUAUGAGUGCAACAGGAAUAUCACUUUGAGAUGAAACACACCGAUGUCAUUCAUGACUCACUUAAGGGAGUUCUCUAUCUCUCUGUAGGGUUGUUAAGAGAUGAUGAUGGGAGCAUCGCUGUGUUUUUGUAUCACGGGUUGCGUGCGGAAGGUAAAGCCAUCUGCGCUGACCCAAAGCCCUCGCCAGCCACCGGGGGGAAUCGAUUCCCACCCUUAGAUCACCGUGGACGUGUUAUCUUAAACUUGAGGCUGUUGCUCUGACACAGAGGAAUGUCACCUCUGAGGCUUCAAAACACACACGCGCACACAAACACAUAUAGGUUAAUACACACACACAGGGAGAUUUCUCACGCCUACCAAACAGGGAAAUACAUUUCACACAGAGAAGGAGAGAGAGGGAGAAACUAAUCGGGAGGGGGAGGGCUCCUGAACCUCAGCUCCUGCUCGACUUUGAUGUUUAAAAGUAAUGGGAUGACCGCUUGUUAUCAGUGUGAAGGCAUCUGGCUCUCUAGUUUUAAGUGUGCUAUGAUUUAUAGGCUCUUUGAAUACUGACACACACACGCACUCGCGCUCUCUCUCUCUCAUUAAUCACCGUUUAUAUCUCCUCGCUUUGAGCUUGCAGUCCUUAAACUGAUCUAAAAGCCAAAGGUGCAGGCCUGUGUGUAUUUUAGUAACGCCAGGAGCUGUAAAUCUUUCCAAACAUAGAUUUCUCACUGCUAUACAUGGAAAGCAAGACCAGGUAGUUUAACAGUGGUUUACUUGUCUCCUUUACUUCUUUUAGUGUUGUGUCUCCUUCACUUCCCAUCUCUCUGUGAAGUUCCCCAUUAUGGGGUAACAAGCCCUGGUUUACAUUAACCCUCAACACCACAAAAAGACAAGGUGGAGGGGGAGGAAGUUGGGUGAGACAGACGGAGGGGGGGCGACUCAAUUUCUAAGUCUGGUUUCCAUUAGAGCUAAUUAUCUGUGUUUCAUCGCAACCUGAGGCAGUUAGCAUGUGUGUGUGUGUGUGUGUGUGUAGGUGUAUAUAUGUAUUUGUGUGUAUGCUGGAGUUUCUUUUUUACUUGUGCUCUGUUGCGUUUUCGUCAUAUAUCUCAAAUUAAGAUCUGCAUAGCAUUCUCUGACUCUCUGAAGUGAAAUUAAACAAAUGGUGCUUUGCGUAUCACUCCAACCCUCCAUGUCUGCUGGUCAGUGAUGUAAUAUAUCAGUAAACUGGACAAAAAGAAAGUCCAUACACUUCUUUGGUUUUUGCUAUAUAAGAGUAGUAAUGAGCAUUUUUAGAUUUAUUAUUGCUUUAGAGUUGCCCUCCUCCUCUGUGCCAGACUUUGUUGUAA